GCCGUCACCUCGGUGUCCUGCUCACCACUACCUAUUCCUCUUCUCAGCUUGACAGACUCACUAAGCAAGCUGCUACCCAGGGGCAUAAGAUAUGCCACCAUGGCAUCUCGACUCAUCCGCUUUCCAUGGCCCAUGAAUGUUGGGACCGAUAUCUGCCAGGUAUCGCGAAUCCAAACCAUCUUGUCUUGCCCUACCGGCCGCGGUCGACACUUUGUUCGCAGGAUCCUGUGUGAAGAAGAGUUGAGGCGGCCUAGCUCCAAACUCAAAUCAUACUUGCGUGCUGUGCUACAGUUUGCAAAGGAGCAUGACGCGCUUAAGCAGCAGGGCAAGGAGACCGAGGGGUUCGGUCAUGGUCAUAAACGGCUAGAACAGAAGUGGAAGGGUCAUGGUGUGGAUUUGGGCGAGGUAGCUGCUUUUAUGGCUGGGAGGUUCGCAGCAAAAGAAGCAGCUAUCAAAGCCCAUCCGCAUCGUCACUUGACCUUUCACGACAUCAUCGUCGCCAAGGCAGCGGAACUGGACCAGAUUGAGAGAGAACUAGCCGCCUCCUCCUCCUCCUCCUCUUCUUCUUCUUCUUCUAAAACCUUCACCGGCUCAACAACCGGGCCCACCACCAAAGUAGAUCCCAAGAACAUCAUGCCCGAGGACCGCCUCUUUGACCAACAGCUCGACACCAACAACAACAACAACAACAACAACCACCACCACAACAAGCAUCACCACGUCUUUGAAGGUUCCGCCCGUGGCCCAACCACCCCCGUGGAUACCCAAGACAUCAUGCCUGAGGAUCAGGUCUUUGAUUAUCAGCUAGAAACCGACAAACCCACCAACGGGUCCGUUGACAGAGCUCUUCUUCGUCGUCGAAGUCGAAGCUUCACUGGUUCCCAAACGGGUCCUACUACGCCAGUCGACACCAAGGACAUCAUGCCCGAGGACAUGGUAUUUGAUUACCACCUGGAAACAGACAAGAGACCACCGUUUGAAGGGUCUACGACUGGUCCGACCACCCCUGUGGAUACAAAGGAUAUCAUGCCAGAGGAUCGAAUGUUUGAUUAUCACCUUGAGACAGACAAGCCUGAUAUAAUUACAGACUCAAGUGAUGGCACGCUGGUGGGGGGGAGGGGGAGGACGACAAUAGCAGCAGAAGCAUCUCCUGGUAGGGCGAGGUUGGGAAGUGGGCCGCCUGUGGCUAUUAUCAGGGGGGUGGUUAAGGGAGGAGGUGAUGCAGACCAUCAUCAGGUGGCGCUGCUUAGUAUUAGCCAUGAUGGCGAUUAUGCUACUGCUACUUGUGUGGGGUUUGAUGCGGGCAGUAUGGUGAAGGGAGGGUUGGGAUGGAUGGUUUCUCGGUGAGGGUGAGGUGAGUGACGACCGGACAGUCAGAAGAACUGUGCCUUUUCUGAUCAUUCCACCUCCCCCCCCCCCCCC